AUGGUGUUGGAAAAUUUGAAUAUGUCAGAUAAUAUUCAAAGAUUUUAUUAUGAAAUAGAAAGAUUAAAUAGUUUUGUGAAUUGGCCAGUUACAUUCUUAAGUCCAAAUUUAAUGGCAAAUGGUGGAUUCUAUUAUUUUCAGAGAGAAGAUUUUGUUCGGUGUGCAUUUUGUGGUGUAGAAAUUGGAUCUUGGGUUGAAGGUGAUGAUCCUGCAUCAGAUCAUAAACAAUGGUCACCAUCAUGCAAACUUUUACAAAAUAUACCAUGUGGAAAUGUUCCCAUAAAAAAUAACUCUAAAGAUGAGUUAUUACUUUCAUUUCAAAACUUAGGAAUUAAUCAAAUUAAAUUUCCAUCCUUUCCCAAUUACACAUUAUUAGAUGCAAGACUUAAAUCUUUUAAAAAUUGGCCAAAAACAUUAAAGUUUACACCUGAAAUGUUUAGUGAGGCUGGAUUUUUUUAUACAAAGAAGGGAGAUGGUAUUAUAUGCUAUUACUGUGGUGGGGGUUUAAAUAAUUGGAAUGAGGAGUCGGAUGAACCCUGGGUUGAACAUGCUAGAUGGUUCUCAAAAUGUUAUUUUUUAUUAACAACUAAGGGGAAAGAUUUUGUUAGUAAAAUCUGUAAACAAUCUUUAACAAAAAAAUUAAAACAAGAUACUUCAAAUGAAUGUAAACCAAAACAAGAGGAGGAUAAUAAAACAGUACUAAGCACCAAUUUACAAAAUAAAACUUCAGGAAGUAAUGAAUGCAAAAUAUGUUAUAUGGAAGAAGUUGCUAUUGUAUUCUUACCCUGUGGUCAUGCUGUGGCCUGUGUAAAGUGUGCUUUGUCACUAAUUAAAUGUGCCAUUUGCCGUCAAACUAUUACUGCAACCAUCCGUGUGUUUUUUUCAUAA